CAAAUCUGUCGUGGAAGGGUAAGACUUACGCUCAAAGGCACUAGUCAACUGGAUUUGCAUGAACGGAACCUGGGCAAUUUCUGAAACUGAGUUUCAAAACUGGCAGCUCUUUUACCACCCCUCUGAGUUUUUGCAAAUUCCCUCCCUGUACCAACUUCCUUACAGCUAUUCUUAUUUCCUGUUAUGAGAUUUUUUUUUUUUUUCGUUAUUUCCAGGAAAGAGGAAUCAAUGCAAGCCCUUCUCUAGGAAGGAGGUGGUUGGUUGGUCUGAUCUUAAGCGGUGUUAAAAGAUCUGUUGUGAUCCAAACCAGGUGUCUGGGCUGGGUUCAUUCCAGCCUGGGUCAAGCAAUUGAUCACAAGAUGCUUUUUUGGUUUAUGUGCUAUCUUGUGGGUAUGUGGCUGAUUUCUGGCUCAGCUGCACAGAGCUGUCCAGACCUUCUCCCAGUGGACAAUAGUAUAUUUGUUGCAGAGGAUGUGAAUGGGCAAGUUCUGGGGACUUAUGUUUGUCUUGCGGGCUACCACCUGGUAGGAGAGAAAACCAUUUUUUGCAAUGCCUCUAAGGAAUGGAACACCCCCACUCCCAAGUGCCACUUGGGCCACUGUCCUGACCCUGUGCUGGUGAACGGUGAGUUUAGUUCCCCGGGGCCUGUGAAUGUGACAGACAAAAUCACGUUCAAGUGCAACGAGCACUACAUCCUCAAAGGCAGCAAUUGGAGCCAGUGCCUAGAGGACCACACCUGGGUGCCUCCCCUUCCCGUCUGCAAAAGCAGAGACUGUGGCCCUCCUGGGAAUCUAGCUCAUGGCUAUUUUAAAGGAAGAGAUUUCAAUGCAGGAUCUACCAUUACUUAUUACUGUGACGAGAGAUACCGCUUGGUGGGCACACAAGAGCAGCAGUGCAUUGACGGGGAGUGGAGCAGUGCACUUCCGGUCUGCGAAUUGAUCCAAGAAGCUCCCAAACCAGCUCUGCAGCCUGAGUGUGAGAGGGCACUGCUUGCCUUUCAAGAGAAUAAGGAACUUUGCAAAGCCAUAAAGAACUUUAUGCAAAGGUUAAAGGAAAAUGGCUCAAAAAUGGAGGAACUAAAAUAUUCUCUGGAAAUAAAGAAAACUGAAUUGGCGGCAAAAAUUUUUUCCUGAUAUUGUA